UUUGUCAAAUAAAGGACCACACUUUUUAAAGUACCUGAAUUAUUAAAAAUGAACUGAAAAAUCAAAGAAAGACCAAACGAAUUUUAAUUUUUAAGUCUGUAGCGAUCUCAUGAAAGUAAUUUAUUCCAUUACUCGAUAUAAAUAUGGAUUGCAAUAAGCACAAGAAAGGAAAAGAUAUGGGUCGUGCUAGGUCAUCACUUAGUGUUUCUGGUGUUGAUUACUAUCUCAAUCUGCCAGUGAGUUGUCCAGCAUCUCCUGCCGUCUCAACUUUAACUCUGACACCAGGCAGGAUACGAAACAUAGAUCAGGAUAUGGAAAAUUUGAGGGCGUCAAGACAAGAUAAUCCUUUUAUACAGCGAGUCAUAGCAAGUAGAGAAAGCCUUUUGGAUUCCAGUUUAGAUGAAGAAUCUGAUAAUGUUACUUUAAUGUCUAAGGAGCUGUCAUUAGACCUGGACAUAGACCCUAUGUCACUGCCAGAAACUCAUGAGCACAUGAUUCGGAGUCCGCCUCCUACAAAUUGGCCAACAUCACCGAAUUUUAGGACUUUUCAAUUUCCCAGUGGUAGUUCUGAUGCCCUGCAACUUGAAGUAAAUAAUACCAAAGAAAAAUCGAAAUCAGCCGAACUGAAGCCAAAACAUUCUAGUUGGGACGGCCAAGAUACGUCACCACUAAAAUCCUUCAAAGCGCUAUACUACCACGACAAAUUUUCGCUGUUAACUAGUAAUUCCCUGAGGACUUCGGCCGAAGACCACCUACGUCUGAUGAGCGAAGAUUGAAUCAAGAAAUUCAAUUGCUUAAUUUUAACAUUCCGAAAUGUAUAGUGAUAUAACGCAAAUGUUUUCUAGUCAUACUGUUAAGAGUUGUGAGUAAUUUACCCAGUAAUCAUAAGGAAACGACAUCACAACGAGUCUUCUGUUUGAGAUAGGUUAUAAUAUUGGCAGGCUAAAUAAUAUUGGAAACUCAAGGAUACUAUACAGGGUUUUAUUUAAAUAAGUCGAAACAUUUUUUAAUCGCUCAAUUCCAUGGCAGCUACGCCCAAUAUUAUAUGACAUUCGAACAAUUUAAUCUUUGAAAUAGAUAGCCACAUGUCUUUUCGUUAUGUCACAGUAGCUGUGGAAAUCACUAAAUUUGACGUUUAGGCUAUACAAUUUUUUUUGACAGACAGUUUUUUCCUCCAAAAAUGUCUUUCUCAACAAAAGGUUAAUGUUGCGGUAUAGUGUUUGAUAUCAAAAUUCAUAAAAUUUUGCAAAGACUUUAAAUAUAUGUAAUAAAACAUGGGGGUACCCAUUUAAAAUAAGAAAGUUGCUAUCAACUUCCGGUAUUUCCGGAAGUGCCGCCAUAUUGAAAGUAUUUUUAAACGAUAGAUCUCCUUGUGAAACAGGGAUGUCUAAAAAAUCUCCAUUCUAGAUAUUCUAGUUUUCUAGAAACUUCUAAUGCACGCGCAGCUUGGGACACCCUGUAUACUGCCGUUAAAAUCUUGCACUGAUUUAAGAGAAACCCUGUAUAAACAUCCAGCUUAUGCAAUUUUGGAGGUUUUAUUGUAUGUUGUUAUUGGAGAAUUUAGUAUAUUCAAAAAGUUCUAAAAUUUUGGCAAUGUUAUAAAAAGAAGAAUUUUCAUAAAUCUCUAUAUUUGUUAUAACUUAUAUUUUGUGUAAGCUUGUAUAAUGAUAUCAAAUUCUGUACUUUUUUCUUACAUAUAUCGAAUAUAUUGGACUAUAAUACUAAGGGCCGGCAAAGGUUAGUUUUGGGUCGGGACUUCCAUAUGUAAGAAGAGUAUAAUGCGUUUAUAAUGUACUGAACAAAGAGAGAACAGUAAACGCGUUGUCAAACUUAUGAAAUAAACCGAGAAAGUGCAAGUUAAAAAAACUUGCAUGUUUGGUAAAAACAAGUGGAAUUGAGUUGGUGUUCGACAGUGGUCGCGCUAUUAGAACUCUGAAUUCAAAAAUCGAUAUCUCAAAAUCC